UCCGCCACGUGCUCCGACAAACUGAAAGUAAACACUGAAUAGCGAAUAAGGUAAAUUUGCCGUGUAUUAGAAAGAAUGGUGAAAAGGUGUAGCUGGGGAACAUGCAACACAGAUAGUAGAUAUCCUGAGAGAUUAACUGGUGGGAUUAAAUUCAUUCCUUUCCCCAAACCUCCGACCAAUCCCGAAAAAUGUAAACGGUGGAUACGCUUGUGUGGCAGACCAGCCUAUCAGCUAAACGAGGAGGUUCUCCGAGAUAGAAAUAAAUCAAAACAUUUUUAUGUGUGUUCCAAGCAUUUUAUUAAUGGUGAACCAUCUGAAAAAUUCCCAGACCCUAUAUCAGCUUUAACCCAUGAUAAAACUACUGCGCCAAGCCGUCGAGCUACCAAACGGCGACUAAUUGCAUCACAUACAAUUACCACGCUUGAGUCGGAGAAAAAAGCAAGAGAGUUCAAGGUUUCAGCUGAUGGGAAUCAUCAAGAGGAUGAAGAGGACACUUUGUCUGAAAAUGUUGUCAAUGUAGACAUGGGAACAGCUACAUGUGACAGUGAUAGUGAUAUCCAGCAAAGUUCUUUUGGAUUUCAAGGCAUGCCUCGUCCUCCCAGCAAUCUCUCUGAGCUGUCUACUGAGGAUCUGAGGAAGAUUGAGGGACAAGAGAGGGAGAACGUGGAGGCCAGGAUUCAGUGGUUGAGGGAUAUCCAGGCCUUAAUGGAUGGAGCCAUGGUGAUGAUCAACCAGUACAACACAGUAGCAGCUCAGUUAAGCACUCCAGCUAUAAAUACAAAUGUAUCUUCAACAAAUAAAAGUCAGGGGGAACAGUCAAAGAGUGAUGUCAUAAAAACCAAAGAUGAAAUAAAAACAGAACCCCCUGAGACAGACCUUUAGUUAGUUAUGAGGACCUGGAGGGAGCUACAGGGUACACGCCCCCAAAGGAGGAAGAAAUGCCAGAAUGGGAGGAUCCAGCCAAAGAAGAGUUUACAGACGAGAUGCAUGAAAUCCGCCGGAGGAGAUUACAGAAGUUUGAACAGAAGGACACUCCAUCAUCAGACACGACCAGCUAGUACCACGCUGUUCCUGUGUGUUAAUAUAAACAGUGCCUCCCUCAUCCAGAGAUUUUGUUAACUCAGUAGGUUAUCUUUUUAGCUCACCUGAGCCGAAGGCUCUAGUGAACUUUUCUGAUCACAUUUUGUCCAGUGUCUGUCUGUCUGUAAACUUUUCACAUUUUCUACUUCCUCUCAAGAACCACUGGGCCAAUUUCGACAAACUUGCCACAAAGCAUCCUUGGGUGAAGAGGAUUCAAGUUUGUUCAAAUGAAGGGCCAAGGGGAGACAAUUGGUAAAUAAUGAAAAUUUGGUGGCAUGUUACAAAAAUUUUCUUCUCAAGAACCACAGUGCCAAGAAAGAUGAAACUUAUGGGAAAACAUCCUCAGGAAGUGUUUAUUCAAGUUUGUUCAAAUCAUGACCCCCAUGGGUAGGGCGGGGCCACAAUGACUGACCAAAGUUUUACACUAAAAUAUAUAGGAAAAUUCUUUAGAAAUCUUCUUCUCAAGAAUAGCAAAGGCAUAAUUGAUCAUAUUUAUAUGUAAGCAUCCUCAGGUAGUGUAGAUUCAAAUUCAUUCAAAUCAUGACCCCCUGGGGUAGGGCUGGGCCACAAUGGCCGACCAAAGUUUUACAUAGAAAUAUAUAGGGAAAUUCUUUAAAUAUCUUCUUCUCAAGAAUAGCAAAGCCAUAAUUGAUCAUAUUUAUAUGGAAGCAUCCUCAGGUGGUGUAGAGUCAAGUUUGUUCAAAUCAUGGCCCCCGGGGGUAGGGUGGGGCCACAAUGGUCAACCAAAUUUUUACAUAGAAAUAUAUAGGAAAAUUCUUUAGAAAUCUUCUUCUCAAGAAUAACAAUGCCAUAAUUGAUUAUAUUUAUAUGGAAGCAUCCUCAGGUAGUGUAGAUUCAAGUUUGUUCAAAUCAUGACCCCCAGAAGUAGGGUGGGGCUACAAUGGCUAACCAAAGUUUUGCAUAGAAAUAUAUAGGAAAUUUUUUUUUAAAAAUCUUCUUCUCAAGAAAAGCAGAGCCAUAAUUGAUAAUAUUUAUAUGAACAUCCUCAGGUAGUGUAGAUCCAAGUUUGUUCAAAUCAUGACCCCUGGGGGUAGGGCGGGGCCACGAUGGCAGACCAAAGUUUUACAUAGAAAUAUAUAGGAAAAUUCUUUAAAUAUCUUCUUCUCAAGAAUAGCAAAGCCAUAAUUGAUCAUAUUUAUAUGGAAGCAUCCUCAGGUAGUGUAGAUUCAAGUUUGUUCAACGACCCCCAGGGGUAGGGCGGAGCCACUAUGGACAAUGAAAAUUUUACAAAGAAAUAUUUAGGAAAAUUCUUUAAAAAUCUUCUUCUCAAGAAUAGCAAAGCCAUGAUUGGUCAUGGGACUAGUUUUGGAUUUAAACUUUUAGAUAAUAAACCAAUUCCUACCUUUUCCUAGCCACAGUGCUCAGGUGAGUGAUGUGGCCCAUGGGUCUCUUGUUUUAUUUUCCCUCUGUUUCUCUGCAUAGAACAGUUGUAGCAGAGUUUUCUCCUCUAUUUUAUUUUACUGUAUUUAUGCAUAACUAAAAAAAGAAUUCAAUGCUUGUGUCCCAGGCACAACUGAUGGGUUUUGUCUAAAACAAUUCAAAGUGAACCAAGCAUUCAAAUCCAAGUAGUAAAUUCUGUCCAUGAUUAUAAAGUUUUUUGAGUAACCAUUAGAAGGAAUGUGCCAUACCCUAACAUACAAGCAAUGCAUGCAGUUUUAUAUUGGAUGUUAUUGCCAGAGUAUGCUUACAGAUAAAAAUUAAAUUAAUCUUUGAAUCUACUUUAAAAAAAAAAAUACUAGUAGCUGAGAGACAAAAAUGGAAAUGUUUCAAAGUAAAAUUGUUGUGCAUUAUGCAAUAAUUUUACUUCUUGGAAUGACACUUUAACUGAGGGUGAUUUUAUUAAAGGUCAGAUGUUUGGAAUUGUUUAAUUGUGUACGAGUGUAGUGUAUAUGAUGAAAUGUUGUGGUGCUUGAUCUCGUGUAAUUAAAAAUUCAUUUUGUUAUGAUUGUUUGUAAAUAUACCGAUAUCAUGCAUAUUAUUUUAUAUUAAAUUUCAUUGCAUUAAUAUUUUAAUCCUGUUUUCCUUGACUCGUAGAACUCGUAGUAAAAAAAGAAUUUAAUGCAGUGAUACAGAAUUGAAAUUUAAAAGAAUAAUGCAAGAUUAGUAAAUAUAAAUAUUUUCUGGAAAAAAGUUUGAAAAUUCUGGCUCGACAUUCAUGUAAUCUGGUUACCGUUUGCUAAUGUUGGAACUGCAAUAGCAGAUAGUAAAUAUAUGUGCAUUACAUGUUAAUAAAUUUGAAAUAAAAGAAGCAAUUGCUUUAUUUCAUAUGGUAAAGAACUGGUUUGAAAUAAAAUCA